AUGGCCAACGCGAUAGUUAUCCGCCAGGCCACAGCCCAAGAUGCGGUUUCAAUCGGCAACUUAUACGUCGCCUCGCGCGCGGAUGCGCUUCCCACGCUCAAACAAGUGCACACAGAGCAGCAAGUACGCAACUGGAUCGUCAGCCUCUUCCAAAAGGAUGACAACGACAAAUACACCAGCGACUUGUACGUGGCCGAGACAGAUGGCAAAAUUGUCGGCUUUCUGAGAGUUCAAGACACCGAUCUUGACCAGCUGUACUUGCUACCCGGAUACUACCGCAUGGGCAUCGGAUCGAGGUUGCUGAACAAGGCUAAGGAGCUGUCACCCGAGAAGCUGACACUCUACACGUUCCAGGUGAAUGUACGAGCACGGGCAUUUUACGAGGGACACGGGUUCACGGUGGUAGAUUUCAAUGACGGAUCGCGCAACGAAGAGAACGAGCCGGAUAUCCUAUACCAGUGGGUUGCGUCUAACAAGCAGGCAUCAUGA